UAUUUGCAUUCAUCGAAACCGGCGGUCAUUCACCGCAAUCUCAAACCCGAUAACGUGUUGAUCGCCAGAACCGUUUGCAACGGCCGGUACUUAAAGCUUAGCGACUUUGGGUUGGCUUCGCUGCUCGACACCAGUAUAGCGGCCGCCAAUCGGGACGCCCUGUAUAUCGCGCCGGAAGUAAUUGAAGGCCAGAAGUAUGACCAUAAGUCCGAUCUGUACAGUGUGUCCAAAAUUGGUGAACAGAUUUUUGAUUUUGACUUAGAUGAGUGUCUGUAUCAGUCAAAUAAUCGCGCGAUUAACACAUGUGUGACAAAACUUCAGGAAAUACUGUUGAGGUUGGGAUCGGAUGACCCGCUCGACCGGCCCGACUGCGGCCGAGUGCUGGACAGACAGUGCGAGUGGUCUAUAGAC